GUGUGCUGGCAGGACCUUGUGGCACAAGUGGGAAGGGGUUUGCUGGUUAUCAUCUGCACUUACCUCAGGCGUAGGAGCCAAGUAUAUAGGAGACGGAGGUCCUGGCAAAGCGGAUACAUUUUCCACCACUGAACCUUUAAAUGAGCUGAGGACAGUUGAAGAGAAGGCCACAUUUGCAGCUUUUAUGAAGAAUUCACUCUGGAAUAAAGCUAUAUGGAGUCCAUUUACGUCAGUAAGUAGGCGGCAAUGGAGAGGAAUUUCUUUUGAGCUGACAUGUCAGAAUUAUGCAUAAACAAGUACUUCGGUAUCUAAAUGAUACAGGAACUUCAGGAACUUCAAAAAUGACAAUGACAUACAUAUCUUUGAUGUCAAAAACCAUGCAUUCAAGCAUUUAAAAUGGGUAAUGCCCUGCGUGGUGUUGUGGCCUUCAUACCCACAGAACGCUGUCAGCAAUUUUUGGUGGGUGAUAUAAAGGAGAUGCCCUUGGAUUGUACUUUGGAUGUGAGUUCCCGUCAGUUACGCCACUUUCCAAAUCGACUCUGUAUCUUUAACGAGCUGGUUAAGCUGUAUCUAAGUGACAACAACCUGAGCAGCCUUCCACCAGAACUGCACAGAUUGGGCAAGCUACAGCUGCUGGCCCUCGACUUCAACUGCUUUGAAGACCUUCCUCUUGCUGUGUGUGGCCUGCCACAGCUUAACAUCCUCUACCUCGGUAACAACCGCUUGGCUGACCUUCCUCAGGAAAUAGCAAAGCUGAAAGAGCUGAAGACCCUGUGGUUGGAGAGCAACUGCCUCACUGAGUUUCCCCAAGUGAUUUGUCAGCUCCCAAACCUUAAGACACUCCAUCUGGGCUACAACCAAAUCUGUAACUUGCCCACUGAACUAGGCCAGCUGGAAGAGCUGCGCAGUAUUUGGCUGGCAGGCAACAUGCUGACUGAGUUUCCAGCGGUGCUCCUUGAGAUGCACUUCCUGGAUGUGAUUGACGUCGACCGGAAUCGCAUUCGUCGCUUUCCCUGUCUGUCUCAUUUGCAAGGGCUGAAGCUGAUUAUAUAUGACCACAACCCCUGUGUGAAUGCACCUGUGGUUGGAGAGGGUGUAAGACGAGUCGGACGCUGGGCAGACUGCUGUGAUGAUGAAGAUGAAGAUGAAGAUAUGGGAAAAGUGGUGGCAGAGGCCUUUGGGGAGGUGAAGGAACAUAUUCCAGAAGAUGACGUCCAAUCAGCAGAGACAGUGGUAGCACCUUACCUCAACGACAUUCUGUAGAGGUCUAGAAAACCAGCAAUCGGAAUGAGAAUUGUACACAGGAUUAUUUUGUUUGGCUACACCCUUUUCCAUACAUCAUUUCAAAAUGAACAACCUAUACUCUGGUUAAUGAAACUUAAUGUGUAGAAGUAAUUAAACAUUUUCACAAACA